UCGGCCUCUUGCGGAGAAUCCAUACAAGCAACAGUCAUAUACACACAAUAAUUUAUAAUAUUUUUGUCAGUGUGUUAGUCUCUAGUUGAAGCAUAAUAAUCAAAGGGUUAAUACAUACGCAUGUAUGAACUAUUGACAGUGAAACACAGUGAAACAAAUGAUAAAAUAACAGAGUAAAAAAGGGUUCAAAUUAACUGUCACACAAAAAAAUAAACAAACUUAUUAAUCAACAAUGUGUUGUAUUUAUAAUGUUAAUUUAGUGAAUAAUAAUCAAGUGCAAGUGUGUGUCUGAACAAUUAUAAUUUUCAUUUUUUAUUUAUCAUUUUUUUUAGAGCACAUAAUUGUUCAGACAAUUUAUACCUAAUUAUUUUUCAACCCUAAACAAAAGUACUUGUUUAAUUUUUGAAGAAAAAUUAUAUAAUUAUUUAUUUGUAAAUAUUAAAUCUAGAUAAUAUUAUAGAUUAAAUUUUUUUUUAAUUUACAAAGUACAAGUGUAUAUUUAAGAUUUUCAAUAAUUAUCAAGGGUGGAAGGGGGUUGUCAUCGUUGAGGCUGCGCGGAUUCUGUCAACGUCAACAACUCGAGGGAGACGCAAUUGUCACCCUUGAUAAAUGUUAUAUUAAAAUUAUUAUUAAUAAAUAAUAAAUUGACUUAUUUAAAUAAUAUUAUUUGCAUUAUUCAUACAUAAUAUUUUGAGGGUUGACAAAAUAAUAAAUAUAAUUUUAAAAAAUAUGAAUAACAUUAAAGUUGAUUAUUUUAUUAAAUUAUUUAUUUAAUUUAUGGCUGGGUGAAUUUUAUUGUCAACCUGUUAUCAUUUUAAUAAAUAACAAAAAAAUAGCAAUGGCGAAUAAUAAACAACCAGUGGUUAAUGCAGUUCAGACAAAACCUGUCGAGGUAUCACAGCAACUUCAGGAUGGCGAAAAAUUUGUCAAAUGGGAUGAGGAUUCUGGAGUUGCAACACCAGUUACACUUCGUGUUGAUGAAUUUGGAUUUUAUCUGCAUUGGAUUGACCAAAAUAACGAAGUUGAUAUGAUUGACAUUGCUGUAAUACGUGAUACAAGAACUGGAAAAUUUGCUAAAAUACCAAAGGAUGCAAAAUUAAAGUCAUUGGUGUCAAUGGGUGUACAGGAUUGUUUGGAAGACAAAACAGUUACAAUAUGCUAUGGUUCUGAUUUUGUUAAUGUUAAUUUUAUUAAUUUUUGUGCAACAAGAGCUGAAAUUGCACGACAUUGGACUGAUCAAUUACUACAACUUGCAUAUAAUUUAACACAGCUAAAUAGUAGUACAACAAUGUUUUUACAAAAAGCACAUACAAAACUUGUACUUGGUGCUGAUAAAAAUAAUACAAUACCAUCAAAAAAUAUCAUAAAAAUGUUUGCGUCAAAUAAAGAAGAUCGUAAACGAGUUGAAAAAGCUUUGGAAAUAUCAUCAUUACCAUCAGGAAAGAAUGAUUCAGUGCCAUUACAAAAAUUUAAAUUUGAAGAUUUUUUUAAUUUUUACAAAUCUUUAACCCAAAGAAGUGAUGUAGAAAAAGUAUUUGAUGAAAUUGUUGGUAGUAGUACAAAACGUCGUUCAAUGUCAGUUCAACAACUUGUUGAUUUUUUAAAUCAAUCACAAAGAGAUCCACGUUUAAAUGAAAUACUUUAUCCAUAUGCUAAUACAGAAAGAGCUAAAGAUAUUAUAAAUCAGUAUGAGCCAAACAAAUGUAAUGCCACAAAAGGUCAAUUAAGUUCUGAUGGAUUUUUAAGAUAUUUACUUAGUGAAGAUAAUCCAAUUGUUGCUAUGUCAAAGUAUGAUCUAUCUGAUGACAUGGAUCAACCACUAGCCCAUUAUUUUAUUAAUUCUAGUCACAAUACAUAUUUAUCAGGUCAUCAAUUAACUGGUAAAAGUUCUGUUGAAAUUUAUCGUCAAUGUUUACUGGCUGGUUGUCGAUGUGUUGAGCUUGAUUUUUGGAAUGGCAAGUUUGACGAGCCAGUUAUUGUUCAUGGAUACACAUUUGUACCUGAAAUAUGCGCACGAGACGUGAUUGAAGCAAUAGCAGAGAGUGCAUUCAAAACCUCGGAUUUUCCAGUUAUUCUCAGUUUUGAGAAUCACUGCAAUCCUCGACAACAGGCUAAGAUUGCUCAGUAUUGUAGGGAGUUUUUUGGAGAUAUGUUGCUUGAUGCCCCCCUCGAAUCACAUAAGCUUGAACCAGGCCAAGAGUUACCACCUCCAUCAUUAUUAAAAAGAAAAAUAAUAAUAAAAAAUAAAAAAAAACAUAGAAAUCAUAAAAAAGAACAUAAAAAAAAUAAUCAAACAAUUCCACAAGUAACACGUGAAGUACCACAACAAUUACCAGUUGAUAAUGGUGUAAUAAUAACAUCUGAAGGUGAAAAUGGACCACCACCAGAUAUAAUACCACAAAGUGAAGUUGUUGUUGAUGAUAAUACUAGUUUAAUAAAUGAACAACAAACAGAUAAUAAUAAUACAAAUGAUACAAUACAUCCACCAAAUUUAACAUUACAACAAAGACAAAGUAGUAAAGAUAGUAAUCAAGAUGAUGAUGAAGAAGAAGAUGAAUCAAGUACAGAAGAAGAUGAAUCAAAUGUUGAAGAUAUUAAAGCACGUAUGGAUGAAAAAGUACCAACAUCAGAUAAAGUUGCAUCAACAGCUAAAGAAACAGAAGCUGGUGCUGAAAUAUCAGCAUUAGUUAAUUAUGUACAACCAGUACAUUUUAAUAGUUUUGAAAAUUCAGAAAAAAAAAAUCGUACAUAUGAAAUGUCAUCAUUUGAUGAAAAACAAGCAACAACAUUACUCAAAGAAAGACCACUUGAAUUUGUUAAUUAUAAUAAACAUCAAUUAUCAAGAGUAUAUCCAGCAGGUACAAGAUUUGAUUCAAGUAAUUUUAUGCCACAAGUUUUUUGGAAUGCUGGUUGUCAACUUGUUGCACUUAAUUAUCAAACACUUGAUUUAGCAAUGCAAUUAAAUAUUGGUAUAUUUGAAUAUAAUCAACGUUCUGGUUAUAUAUUAAAACCAGAAUUUAUGAGACGUAAAGAUAGACGUUUAGAUCCAUUUGCUGAAUCAACUGUUGAUGGUAUUAUUGCUGGUUCAUUACGUAUACAUGUAUUAUCAGCACAAUUUUUAACUGAUAAAAGAGUUGGUACAUAUGUUGAAGUUGAAAUGUAUGGUUUACCAGCUGAUACUGUUAGAAAGAAGUUUCGUACAAAAAUUGUACAAAAUAAUGGUAUUAAUCCAGUAUAUGAUGAAGAACCAUUUGUAUUUAAAAAAGUUGUAUUACCAGAAUUAGCAUCAUUAAGAAUAACAGCAUAUGAAGAAUCUGGUAAAAUGAUUGGACAUCGUGUAUUACCAGUUGUUGGUUUAUGUCCAGGUUAUCGUCAUGUUACAUUAAGAAAUGAAUUUGGACAACCAAGAUCAUUAGCAAGUGUAUUUUUACAUGUUAUUGUCAAGGAUUAUGUACCAGAUGGUUUUAGUGAUUUUGCUGAGGCACUUGCUAAUCCAAUUAAAUAUCAAUGUGAACAAGAUAAAAGAGCCAAACAAUUGGAAGCACUUAUGGAUGACAUUGAUGAAUCAAACAAAGGCGAUGAUGAGGAUGAAAGUGUCAAGACAAAAAGAAUGCAAUCAUCAAAUGAUUUAUCAGGAAUAUCAACAUCAUCAGGUAAUUUACUUGGACGACAAAUAGUAGCUGGUGUUAAUACAUCUGAUAUAACAGAACAAGAUGAUGUUAUUAAUGCACAAAGUACAAAUCAACUUGAUAAUUUAUUAAAUAAAACAAUUGUAUCAAAUAAUGUUGUAUCAAUUGGUGAUGAUAUUAUUGCUGAAUCAUUAGAACAAUUAAUGAAUAAUAAAAUAAUACGUGAAAAAAAAACUGAAUUAGAUAAAAAACUUGAAUCAUUAAAACGUAAACAUGAAAAAGAAAAAUUACGUUUUCAAAAUUCAAAAACAUCAUUUGAUGGUGAAAAACAUAAAUCGAAAUUUUAUAAUAAUAAAUUGGUUAAACGUCUUUCAACUAAAAAUAUAUUUUCUGGUGAUUCUGGAAAUAUGACAUUACCGGAAACUUCCGAGUGUCCUAAUGGUGAUAAUCGUGAAGGUGCUGAUGGUACAAUAAAAGGAUUAACUCGUAGUCAGAGUGAAAGAUAUUUAGCAAUUUGUAAAGAACAAGCUAUGCAAGAACGUGAAUUACAAGAAAAAUAUAAUGAUACUGUAUUUAAUCUUGUUGAAAAAGUUAUGAAAACAUCACAAACAAAUCAGCUAAAAACUCUUAGAGUUUUGUUGGAAAGAGAAACAAAUGCUGCUAUGAGAAGACUUCAAACUCUCAGACAUGGCGAGGUAAAACAAUUAGCAAAAGUACACAAAGACAAAGCAGAAUUAGAUCGUAUGAAACGUGAAGUUGCUAAAAUAACAGUUGAAAAAGGAGUCAAUGAAUGCACCAGAUUAACAGAAAUAUAUGAAAAAAAAAGAUCAGAGUUAGAAAUUGAGCAUGAAAAAGUACGUCAAAAAUUUGAAGAAGAAAAAAAUAAGGUUAAAUUAGCAUUAAAAGCAGAAUAUACUAGUCGAUGUCUUUCAGUAUUACCAUCAGGAAAAAAUACAAUCUCAGAAUUAUUACCUGAAAGUAAUGCAGAUUGAAUUUCUUCAAUCAACGGUAAGAAAAUUAUAAAAAUCAUCAUUUAAAAAAUUUAAUUUAAAAUUAUAAAAUUAGCUAGAUUAUUAAUAUAUUUAACAGUAUUAAUUUUCUUCAUCUAUACUCAUUUAUUUUAUCAAAAUAAAUAUUUCAUUUCCAAGUUUAUAAAUACACACUCGAAAUAUGAAGAAAAAAAAUUUUUUUUUAUUUUUUUUUUUUUAUUUAAAGGUGCAUAGCGAGAUGACAAAUAAUAGUAUGAACAUUCUUCGAUUUUUUUUUUGUUAUUUUCUUGGAUUUUAAUCUGAGAAAAUGAUUAGUAAAAUAUAAAAUAUAUUUUACUUGAAAUAAAUAGUCAUCUUUAUGCAAAGAAUUAGUGCAAAAAAAAAAAAGAAAAGCUAUAAUUUUUUUUUAACUUAAUUUGCGAUCUGUCUCAAUUGAUUGUCAUACUGACUCUUCCAAUGAUUGUCAUAUUGAUAUUACUAUAAAUCUAAAAUAUAUUUAUACAAUUAUAAGAAUAUAGGUAAAAAAAAAAAUAAAGUACAUGAUAAUAUAGAGAUUAUUAUAUUCGCGUUGAAAAUAUUAUGUGUUGUUGAUGUUGAUGUUGUUUAUUAAUAGAUAAAUUAUUUAAAAAAAUAAUAAGUAGAUGGUAAAAUAAUUGGUGGUUAACGUCGUCGUUAUAGAAUAUAAGUAUAAAAAUUUUAAAAAUAAUGUCUUUUGUCAAAGUGUCAAAUGAGCUUUAUGCUUCCAAAAAAAAAAAAGCUUUGUCUUCCCUUAAUAAUUAUUUGUUUUCUUUUUUUUAAAAAAACACACACACACACAUAAAAUAAAAUGCGCAGCUAUUUUUUUGAGAAUCUUUUUAAUGCUUAAAUUAAUAAUAAGUUAAUAAAUAAAUAAAUCAAACACACAGAAAUAAAUCUCAUCUGUGAAAAUUUGAUUUACCUUAAAGUACAAUUUACCAAGUUACUGGCAGCAUUUCAACUGGUUGUAUCGAAAAAAUAUUUAAAAAUAAAAUGACAAAAUUGAGUUUACUCAAAUAAUUAAAUAAAAAUAAUACCAGAAUUGAAUAUUAUUUGUUUAUUUAUAUCUGGUUUAUCGAUCUAUGAUAUUUAUUAGUUUUAAGAAUAACGGCCUACAAAAUAAUUGUAGUUAGACUUGAAUAUUUUUACGUUUUAAUUAUUCAAAUGCCAUUAAAAUUCAUGGUUAAUUACAGAAAAAUAAAAAAACAUUUCUGUAUAAAUAUUAAUAAAGUUAUAUUCAAAAUAUAUUACAAAUUUAACUACACACUUUAUAGAAAAUUUAAUAAUUAUAUGAAACUUUACAACGAUUUCCAAUUUAUGCUCAGAAAAAAAUUCCAUCGUUACACGUUUGGUAAAUUAUUGGAUCGUUAAUACUGUAUAAAAUUUAUGAAAAAAAAAUUAUAAUUGUUAUUAAAUAUUGCUGGAUUUUUUUAUCAUAAAUUUUCGAUUGAUAUUUGUCGUCCAAAUGCAGAUUUAAAAAUAUUUAUCAAAAAGAAAAACAAUGCUUUUUUUAUUUUCUCUAUUUUUAUUGGAAUUUAAAUUUUGUUAUUUUUUUUAAGGAAAUAUUUAUUUGACAGGCUACUUGUCAAAAUGAUUAAAGUACAAAAUACAAUGCCAACACGUGUGCGAACUGGUUAUUUUUAAAUUUGCCGAAAGUUUAUUAGAAGAAAAAAAAAAUAGUCUUUCCUGGCUUCCUGCAUUUUAAUUAUUCAGUUUAAACUUUUAACUAACAAAAAAAAAACAUUAAUAUUUUCCAUAUAAUUUUUAAAAACAUCUUCCAUUUAUUUAUAAACAAUAUUUUUUUUUUUUAAAAACAAAACUAUUUUUAAACUAAAUAUUCAAAGCUGUGCUUUAUAAUUUUUUUUCCAUCAUUUACAUUAAUUCCUUUUCUACAAUUUAAAAUUUUUCCAAGUCUUCAAAAAAUCCUAAAAACUUCUCAAGCAUUAUUUCAAUUAAAAAAAAUAAAAUUCAUAAAUUUUUCUUAAUUUUUAAAAUACACAAAUAAUUCUUUUUAUAUUAUAAAAAAAAAACAACAUUUAAUGUUCAAAACUUUAUGAUAGUAAAAACUGAUAACUCAUUAAAAUUAGUGUAUAAAAAAAUUCUAGCUAUUAUUUUCUAUUAAUUUAUAAAGAAAUUAAUAGAAAAAUUUCUUUAUAUUGCAUUUUUUUCACAAACAAAAAACUACUUGUUGUUAAUAUAAAAAAAAAACUAAAAAAAAAAAAAAAGAGCUGGAGAAAAAUAAAUCUAAUAUGGAGGAAAAAAUGGCAAUGAUUCUCAUGUCUAAUGACAAAAUAUAGUAUAAAUAUAAAACUUAAUAUUGUUACUGUUAAAUCUUCAUUAACUUUGUAAUGUACAACUGUGUGAGUGUGUGUGUGUCUAUAUAUGUCUAUAUGUGAUAUGUAUGUAUACUGAUAUAUAUAUAUUACGAUGAAAGUACAUAGUUAAAUAGCUAUACAUAAAACUGCUAAGAAAAAUUUUAAUUUAUCUUAAUCCCUUUGCACAAGUUGGACACUCAUUUAUUAAAAUAAUUUCUUAAAGAAAGAUAGAGAAAGAAAGAGAGAGAGAGAGAGCAGCUAAAUUUAAAGAAAAUAUGAAAAAAAUUUUAUUAUUAAAUAUGGAAAUGCGUAAUAUAUAUAUAAGAAAAGAAAAAAAAAAAAAAUAUUAUGAUUAGAUGGAAAACGAGUUAAUCGUUUGAAAAAAAAAAAAAAAUUUCUCUAACUCACUUGUGCCUUGCCCUCGAACAUUCAUUCACUUGUCUGUACAGAAAAACAAAGAAAAAAAUUUUUUUUUGUUUUUUUCUAUUUCAUUCAUUGUUUCUUAAUUCAUUGUUCAAAAACUUUUAAAUAAAGUAAAUAGUUAAUUGAUAAAAAAAAAUUUCUUCGAUGUUCGAUGUUCUCUACUACAGAGAUUAUAAAUAAAAUAACAAGUGUCAUUUUUAAAAUACGUGCAAUAAUUAAUCGUUGAUGUUUAAUGAUAAUAACAAAUGAAUACAUGGUUUGUUUGCUUAUUAC